CUUCCUCAUGGACGGUAUGGUGGACAGCUCCAAGAUUCCAGGCUUCGAGUGGCUCAGUAAUGGCCCCAAGAUGAAGCCGGAGCAGCUCGUGUACGUCGGUCUGCGCGACGUCGACUCGUUCGAACGUCGCGUCAUCCAUGAGAAGGGAAUUAAGGCGUUCUCUAUGCAAGAAGUGGACCGCUACGGUAUUGGCAAGACGAUGGAGAUGGCGCUGGACCAUCUUUGUGGCAAGAAGCAGCGGCCUUUGCACAUGAGCUACGAUAUCGACGCAGUGGACCCACUGGUGGCUCCCUCGACAGGCACACGUGUACGUGGUGGCCUUACGUGGCGUGAGGCUCAUUACGUCGCUGAAGCUGUGGCGGAAACCAACUUGAUGGUGGGUCUGGACAUGGUCGAAGUGAACCCGACGCUGGCACCUGGCGAUGGAGCUCAGAUUACGGUCGACAUGGCGCUCAUGCUCAUCUCGUCGGCGCUCGGAAACCGCAUCUUGUAAGACAAUUCUCAGUUUACAUGGGUUCGUAGGUAAAUUUCACACCUCGUUUAGCAAUAACGAACCCAGACACGACCACAAUAUCAUGAGCAAAUUGCGUUCUACACU